AUUUCACAGAACACCAUUCUGCCUUGCCAAGACCAGUAUUUUGCAGGAGACCAGAGUUAUAAUUGCCCGUAUUCCACUACACUGUCAGAAACUAGUGUUGAUGUUUCCACGGAGACUUGGGUCUCUUUCUGGGCUGCUGGUCUCCUGGACAACAGUGAGCCCCAACAAGCACCACAGGCACAGGAUUCAUCUUCUAAUUCAAGUUUUCCUAUUCUGGACUCAUGUUCCUGGGAAGAAGCUCAGCUUUCCUCACAGCUCUACAGAAAUAAACAGCUCCAAGAUACUCUGGUUCAGAAGGAAGAAGAACUUGCUAGGCUACAUAAAGAGAAUAAUCAUAUCAGACAAUACCUGAAUUCUACUUUGGUUAAAUGUCUUGAAGAAAAGUCCAAGAAAUUGUUGUCAUCAGAUGAGUUCUCCAAAGUGUGUGGAAAAUUAGGAAAGGGGAAGAGGAAACACAAAGAGCAGGGAUACUCUCCUGCUGAGAUCCCCCAUCCUAAAAAUGUCAAGAGAAACCUCUCUUGUGAGUUUGCUAACUGUGAAAAACCACCUGGGCCCCAUGUUGAUCCCUGGGUGCUACAAACACUUGGAUUGAAAGACCUCAACACCAUUGAUGACACCUCAUCAGCUAACUACAGUGCCCUCUCCUCUCAUCCCAGAAUAGUGACUAGCAUAUAUUCCCAUUUUUCGAGUGAUGCCAUUGAUUAUGAAAAUGUCCCCAGAGAGGAUGUGCCAAUCAACUAUGGAGGUGAAAGAACAACCCCCUUGCACAGCACUACCAGCCAUGGGGAAGACUUCCAGUACUUUUCUCAACUUUCAAAUCUCCCAACAGAGGUGCAAACACUUCCUUAUAAUCCAGCUGAUGUGUCACCCAACAAGACAGAGAUGACAUUUUACACAUCCCUGAGUCCUCACUGUAAUGUCAAAACUCAUUCUUUCCACCAGGAACAAGCCUUUGUAUGUAUAGAUAAAGAAGGAGGCUGGUAGUUUACCUGGGUCCCUAAACAGCCUUAGAGACCCUUCUUGUAUCACAGAGCACUGCCAGGAACUCUGUUUACAAAGACCUCUCUUGCACUUGAACCUGACUAUGUGGAGCAUAGAAGCUAUUGCCCAGAAAUCUUUAGCCACUUUAAAUGUUACUCUCAACUACCACUUAAAUUUGUAGGGAAUAGCUUCCAAGAAUCUAUAUGAGAGGCAUAUGUUCUUCUUCCACCUGAACUUGACUAGUUUGCACAUCAAUGUCUGCUAUCAACUUCUUCUCUUUGCCCUGUACUUGAAAAGGUGUUUUCCAAUCUUUUGUAGAUUUCUUCAAGACCUAGAUAUACUUUGCUUAUCAUGACCUGUUUAACACCUUUUGUUCUCUUAUUAAGUAGUUUAAAUAUGUAUGGUCUUUAUUUCUCUCCUUCUUCUAAAUUUCUUUAUUUCUGAAAACUGCCUUUAGAAUGAGCCCUAUUUUUGUUUCAAGUACUUCCUCCUGGUUGCUUAAAUUGCUAGAGGUAGGGUAAAAUCAAGUGUCUGCCCAUCACCACUGCUGAAGAAGUAUUGUGGAUAUAAGUAACAGUAUGUCCAGGGAAGCUCAAAGAGUCAAGUGUUGCAGAGUGGCUUUAG